UACUCCACGGCGCUGGCCAGGGUCUGAAGCGGCGUUUACUGUACUUCACCUGGGCAAAAGCUACGGUAGCGAACCCAGGGAAGCUGCAGCCGUGAAGCCCACAUGUCAACAGGUUAUCCCACGCCGGUGUACUCCCACGCUGGACGGGGACACUUCCAGGAUGUCUACGAGCCUGCAGAGGACUCUUUCCUCUUGAUAGACGCUUUGGAGAAAGAUGCACAGAGGCUGCAGCAGAUGAGCCCAUGUGUGUGUCUAGAGGUCGGCAGUGGCUCUGGAGUUGUGUCCGCAUUUCUGGCAUCAGUGGUUGGACCUUCGGCUUUAUACAUUUGCACUGAUGUGAAUCCUUCAGCAGCACAGUGCACGCAAAAGACAGCUUCCUCCAACAAUGUUUCACUGCAGCCUGUCAUCACAGACCUGGUGGGGUGCCUUCUGCCCCGGCUGAGUGGAAAAGUGGAUGUCCUCCUAUUUAACCCUCCCUACGUGGUGACACCGUCGGAAGAGGUAGGUAGCAGAGGUAUAGAGGCCGCCUGGGCUGGAGGGAAGCGAGGACGAGAGGUGACGGACAGAUUUCUGCCCUUGGUGGCACGAUUGCUGUCCAAUAAAGGGCUCUUUUACCUCAUUACCAUCGUUGAGAAUGAUCCAGAUGACAUCAUCCAUUUGCUGCGAAAGCAUGGCUUAAAGGGAGAGGCAUGCUUGUCCGCAAGAGCUGGAAACGAGAGACUGUCCGUCCUGCGCUUCCACAAGACACAAACAUGAACUGCCGCCAAUAGAUCCUGUGAAAGGAUGAAAACAACUUGGAACUGAGUGGACAAAUUCUGACGUAACCCAGAGUCGUGGCUUCUGCAAAGACCAGUGUUUACAGUGGAGCAAAACUGCACUCAGCAUUUUCAGACUGUAUGGAAAGAUGUGCUGACAUCCCUAUGCUAUACUGAGAUAUACCACAAAAUGACUUCUUUCAUUCAGCCAU